UCCUUCCUCCUCCUGCCCGGUGCCGCCCGCCGCUCCCCGGAGCCCGUCGAGGGUUUUGCGCCGCUGCCCCGCCCGCCCCGCUUCGCCCCGCCCUGCUCCGGCAACCGCCUGCGGGCCCGUUCGCAGGCAGCCGAUCGCCGCCCCGUCGCUCUCCCCCUGUCCGCGCUCCGCCGUCCCCCGCCAUGUCCAAGCCGCCACCUAAGCCGGCUAAGCCAGGGCAGGUUAAAGUGUUCAGGGCCCUGUACACAUUUGAGCCCAGAACGCCAGAUGAACUGUACUUUGAAGAAGGAGAUAUCAUUUACAUUUCAGACAUGAGUGAUACCAAUUGGUGGAAAGGAACUUGCAAAGGAAGAACUGGACUAAUUCCAAGCAAUUAUGUGGCAGAGCAAGCUGAGUCCAUUGAUAACCCACUGCAUGAAGCUGCCAAACGUGGCAACCUGAGCUGGUUGAGAGAGUGUUUGGAUAAUCGGGUUGGGGUCAAUGGCUUAGACAAAGCUGGAAACACAGCUCUGUACUGGGCAUGCCAUGGAGGCCACAAAGAUAUAGUGGAUGUUCUGUUUACCCAAGCAAACCUAGAGUUAAACCAACAGAACAAAUUGGGAGACACAGCUUUGCAUGCUGCUGCAUGGAAAGGUUAUGCAGAUAUUGUAGAGAUUCUGCUGGCAAAGGGGGCAAGAACAGAUCUGAAGAACAAUGAGAAGAAACUGGCUUUAGAUAUGGCAACCAAUGCAGCUUGUGCUUCCCUGCUUAAGAAGAAACAAAGUGCAGGUACAGUCCGAACAUUAAGUAAUGCGGAAGAAUACCUCGAUGAUGAAGACUCUGAUUAGCUUUUUUCAUUCAGCCUAAAGAACUUUAACUUGCAUUGCCUAUGUCAUUCCCAAAAUGUAUCUUUACAACUGUAAAAAUAUCUUAUUUAGAAUAUUGCAGUCUUCCAGUAUAGCAUAUAAAUGACAGGUUCCAAAGGAUUAAUCUUCACGUAUGCCUGAAGAUGCCACAUUUUAAAUCUGAGUUCCUUUGGCAUUAUCUCAGAGAGGAAGUGUGGCAUACCUUUAUCAUUGAAUGGGCAGAGGACCAUCUUCUAAACUCACAGGUUUCAUCUCAGGCCUUCCCAGCAAGUGCCUUUUGUCUCUGGAAUGCACUCCUCAAACUGAAAUGUCCCUCUGGGACAGCAGGAUACUAUUGCUAACAUUUUCCAAAAUCUCCCUGAAUAUAGGUUCCUUUGUGCAGAUAAGAUAAUGCUGGCAGAGUCAGUACCGGUUGACAGGCAUGAAUGGAGAUGCUGCUAGAAAGCAUGACCGUCUUUUGCCCACAUGGAGCCAGCAAGACAAAGUUUGAUUUUAUUUUUUAAUAUUAUUUUUGGCAUUUUUUUCCCCCCAUUCCUUCCUGUACCCCUCUAAAUAAGGGGUAGAAUGACAUGGGAUGUUCUGCCCUGGAUGCUUUGUCUUCUGUGUUGCUGUGGGCCCAAUCCCUGAAAUGUAAACUCAGGUGAAAUGCUUGCUUAAGUCAUUUUUGCUUGAGAAAUAUACUUCCUUCUGGACUUAGUGACUUGAUUUUGCUUUUUGAAGUGCAUUAUGCUGAAACUAUUUGUAGUGAAAGGAAGACAGAAUAUUUUUCUAUUUAUCCUGCCUAUUUUUUUUUAUUGAUCUCUUGCUUUUAUUUUUUAAAAAUGUUCUUAUAUUUUAUCCUAAAUUACCUCAAAGCUUAAGUGCAUUUAACGGAAUGAGGGAAGAUAUAUAUUGAAUAUACCAGAGUUAUCUUUAGAAGAGAUAUCUGAAGCUGAAUAAACAUUUUAAAAAUGUAUUACUUCUUCCUGUGAAUUAAAGAGAACUGAAAAAUAAAUUGAGCCACUUUCAAGCUUCCCUGCAGAGUUAAAAAAACUUACUUCGGAUUGCUCAAAUAGCUGCAGACAAAUAUUUUACCCUACUGAGGGAUACUUCCUUACUGUGAUGGUAACAAAAGUAUUUGAUGUACAAUCUCUUUUUCAAUUUUUGUUGCUAACUUCCCUAUUGGCAACUUUGGCAGAUGCAGUACAACACAGCAGCCUGUGAUACUUAAAAGAAAAAAAAAAAAAAGCAAACGAAAAAAAAAAGAAAAAAAAAGCUCUUGUGAAAGAUUGGGGAUAAAU